AUGCCAACAGGAUCAGCAGGAGUUUCAACAACCACUACAUCAUUAGGACUCUCUAAUGCUGCCUCUACCUCUGGAAACACUGUUCAAGUGGGAACAAGUACAUCAUCCGCUGCUAGUCAUUCAGUAACCACUACAACAUCAGGCAACCCCAAUUUUGUCUCUACUUCUGAAAAGAUUAUAACCACUUCAUCAACUGCAGUACCCUCAAAAACUACUGCAGCAUCAGCAACCUCUAAAGCUGCUUCCACAUCUGGAAAUACCACUCCGCUGGUAAUUUAUCCUACAUCAACUGCAGGAAGUUCAACACCCAUUACAUCAUCAUCAACCUCUAAUGCUGGUUCUACAAUUGGAAAUAAUACUCCCGUGAUAAUAACAUCAACUUCAAAAGGUUUAAUAACAACUACAUCUUCAACAACCUUUACUGCUGUGUCCACAGCUGGAAAUAUUACUCCAGUGAUAACUACUACAUCAACUGCUGCUCCUUCAACAACUACUACAUCAUCAGCAACCUUAAGUACUGCAUCAACACCUAAAACUACAACUUCAGUAUUAAUAACUACUACAUCAAGUUCAGGAUUGUCAUCAUCCACUACAUCACAAAAAACUCCUAAUUCUGCUUCAAUACCUGAAAAUACUACACCAGUCAUUAUUAAAACUACAUCAGCUGGAGGGGGUUUCCCAGCAACUUUAUCACCGCCAUCCAAUGAUGAUUUUUUUAUUCCUACAACAAUGGUUAUAACUACAACUACAUUAAUUGAAGAACCUUCAACAACUUCACCAUCAGCCACCAGUAAUGAGGAUGUUACUACUGAAAAUACUACACCAGAGGUUAUAACUACUACUCAAUUUAAAGAACAAUCAACAACUUCACCAUCAGCUUUCUGUAAUGCAGAUUCUAGUACCAAAAAUACACCACCAGUGAUCAUGCCAACAACAUCAACAGCAGGAACUCCAACAACCACUACAACAUCAGCCACUUCUAAUCCUGUCUCUACUCUUGGAAACACUACUCCAGUUGUAAUAACUACUACAUCAACUGCAGUACCUUCAACAACUACUGCAUCAUCAGCAACCCCUAAUGCUGCUUCUACAACUAGAAAUAAUACUCCAGUGGUAAUGCCUACUACAUCAAUUGCAGUACCUUCAACAACUACAUCAUCAUCUGCAACCUCGAAUGCUGUGACCACAACUGGAAAUACUCCUUCUGUGUUAUUGACUACUAAAUCAACUACAGGACCUUCAAUGACAACUACAUUAUCAGGAACUGCAUCUACGCCUCGAAUUGCAACUUCAGUAGUAAUAACUACUUCAUCAACUGCAGGACCAUCAACAACCACUGCAUCACCAGGAACCUCUAAAGCUACUUCCACAUCUGAAAAUACUACACCAGUGAUUAUUAAAACUACAUUAUCUGGAGAUGUAUUACCAGUAACUGCAGUAACUACUACUACAUCAUUUGAAGAACCUUCAACAACUUCACCAUUUGCGACCAGUGAUGAAGAUGUUACCCCUGAAAAUACUACACCAGAGGUUAUCACUACUACAACAUUUAAUGAACAUUCCACAACUUUACCAGCUUCCUGUAAUGCAAAUUCUGGUCCUAAAACCAUGACUCCAGGGGUUAUGCCAAUAACUUUACCAGCAGUAGUUUCAACAAGCUCUACAUCAUCAGGAACCUCUAAUGCUGCCUCUACCCCUGGAAAUACCGCUCCAGUGGGAACAAGUAUAGUCUCCUCUGCUAGUCUUUCAGCAACCACUACAACAUCAGCCACCUCUAAUAUUGUAUCUACUCCCGGAAAGACUACUCCAAUGGUCAUAACUACUAAAUCAACUGCAGUAUCUCCUACAACUCCUACAUCAUCAACAACCUCUAAUGCUGCUUUCACACUUGGAAAUGUUACUCCAGUGGUAAUAACUCCUGCAACAACUGCAGCUCCUUCAACAAAAAGUACAUCAUUGGCAACCUCAAUUACUACAUAUACACCUGGAACAACAACUUUAGUUAAACUAACUACUUCAUCAACUGCAGGACCAUCAUCAACCACUACAUCACCAGGAACUUCUAAUGCUCCUGCCACACUGGGAAUAACUACUUCAGUUGUAAUUCCUCCUAUAUUAUCUGCACAAACUUUUACAACCACUACAUCAUCGACAACAACUAAUCCUGCUUCCACGCAUGAAAAUACUACACCAGUGAUUAAUAAAAGUACAUCAUUUGGAGGAGUUUUACCAUUAACUACAGCACCACCAACAAAUGAUGAUUUUUUUACUCCUGGAGGCAUACAUACUACAACAAUGGUUAUAACUACUCCAACAUUUGAAGAACUUUCAACAACUUCCCCAUCAGCAACCGAUCAAGAAAUUGUUACACCUGAAAAUACUACACCAGAGGUUAUAAUUACCACAACAUUUGAUGAACAUUCCACAACUUCACCAUCAGCUUCCUGUAAUGCAGAUUCUAGUACUAAAACCACAACUCCAGUGGGUAUGCCAACUUUACCAGCAGGAGUUUCAACAACCAUUACAUCAUCAGGAAUCUCUAAUGCUGCCUCUACCACUGGAAACAUUGCUCCAGUGGGAACAAGUAGAUCCUCUGCAAAUCUUCCACCAACCACUACAACAUCGGCCACCCCUACAUCAUCAGAAAAGACUACCCCAGUGGUAAUACCUACUACAUCAACUGCAGGACCUUCAACAACCAGGACAUCACCAGCAACCUCUAAAGCUGUUUCCACUGAUGGAAAUACUCCUCUAUUGAUUGUUACUACUACAUCAUCUCAAGAAGAUUCACCAUCAAAUUCACCAAUACCAUCCAAUGAACCAUCAUCAACUUCAGAAACUGAGACUCCUACACAAAGCCCUACUCCAGGAGAAGGGUGUAAUGGUCCACCAACUAAAGUUCAACCGAGCACCACAUCAAAUCUAGAAUUUGCUUUUUCUUUUCCUGACAGUUUUUGGGAAUUCCUAACAUUUCCCUUUUAAACAAGCUGGAAUUCUUACAUUAAAUAGAAAUAACAAACAAACAAACAAAUCAGAACGCAAAUUUUUACCUUGGACAGCCACUGGCUGUACUGGUCAAGUAGCUAAAAUUCCACAUUCACUACCUUCUUCCAUAUUAGCCAAAUAUAUUGCAAAGAGGAAACCAUCACAUAUUUAAGCCCUAUUAUUUUUUUUAAGAUGUGUAUCAAACAAUCUAAUCUGGAUCAGCUACUACAACAACAGAACAAAAAACACACUACCAGUACAUCAGUGGAAAAUCUUGUGUCUGCAUCUGCUUCUACACUAGCUAAAGUGCAAAUACGUCUGCACAAAUUAGUAAUGUAGUAAAAAAAAAAACAUUAAACAACAACAACAACAACAACAACAUGAAGUGCAAAACUACAGAUGGAGCUAUGGCAAAAAUCCCAAACAUGCCUGCAACAGGUAUCAGCUCCUCUGCCAUUUUCAUGGACGAACCUUUUUCAGAUCUAACCUUAAAGAAUGUUUUAUAUAUUUGCUUUUAGAAUUCUCUGCAAAUAAUCUGCUAUGUGUUUCGUAGAAUGUAAAGAGAUAGAAUAAAGUAUAGAAUGCUUUCAUAUAUAAUAAAAUAAU